AGUUUCAGCUUUGCCCAUCCGCCAUGGCUCCUGUGGACGCCCACGCCCUUGCUGCCCCCGGCAGAGGCAACAAGGAGAUCGAAGAGUGGUCCAAUGAAGUCGAGGAGGUCACGUCUCAGAUCCGCGGCAUCAUCGACGGGACCAUCACGGACUUCGAGGCCUUCGACCAGCAGCUGGCGCUCAAGGAGCGCGCCAAGCAGAUCCGACAGGAGGAGUCCCAGGCGAGGCGCCAGAAGUUCCUGCUGAAUGGCUCCGAGGGCAAAGGGGAGGGCACCAAGUACAAGUGGUGGUGCAAGCGCUGCUUCGUGGAGUACCUCAUCGACCUGCCCGAAGGCAAAUGCACGCGGUGCCAGCAGUCGGACAAGCUGAUGUCCCAGGAAGCCCGGCGCGAGGAACUCAUGGGAAAGCUGGAAGUCUUCAAGGAGGAAAAGGCGAAGCACAAGUGGCGCAAGGAUAAGUGGGGCCGCUGGAAGAAGUCUCAGGCGCUGCUGGGCAAGAGCCGAUUCAUCAACUACAAGGCUUGGGAGUACUGGGAGCCGGACACGGAUUCCGAGGAGGAGGGGGAUCCCAUCGUGCCACGGGACAACCCCGAGUUCUUGGCCAUGGAGGCGGACUUGAAGGAGCGCAAGCGCAAGCAGUCGGAGAAGAACCUCACGGCGGAGAGGUGCCGGCAACGGGGGAACCAAUGCAUGAAGGAGGGCGACUACGUGGGCGCCAUUGAGAACUACGAGGAGGGCUUAGAGUACCGCAGGGACUGCAAGGCCCUGUGGACCAACAAGGCCCUGGCGGAGGUGAAAGUCUUCCGGUGGCACGAUGCCAUUGGCUCCUGCAACAAGGUCAUCGAGUACGCGGAGAUCUUCGAGGAGGGCUUUGCCAAGAGCGCGGACGCCUGUUUCAAGGCCUUCACCCGGCGAGCCACGGCCCUCAGGGGGCUGCAUAAGUGGGAAGACGCCUUGAACGACCUGGAGGAUGCUCUGACCAUCUUCCCCAAGAACAAGGAGGCGCAAGACCUGCUGGAGAAGACCAAGCUGGCCUGCCAGCAGGCCCGAAACGGGGAGACCUGCGAGGACCGCCGCCAGGAAGAGGAAGACGGGCCUGUCCGAGUGGAGAUCGAGGAAAGCGACGAAAGCGAGGCCGAAGGCCCUGAAGCAGAAAGCAUCGAUGCCCCGCCGGACUCUUUGGGACAGCUCAGCAAGUCAGAGUUCGGCCAGUUGCUCAAGAGCUUGGAAUCCGCGGCCGAGCGCAGCGUGUUCUGCGCGCGCCCGGGCGAGUUCUCGGGCCAAACCAAGCCCAAGGCGGAUCAAUGGGUGGGCCGAAAGAUCGACUUGAAGGUGGACGAGGUGGCUCAGCCUUCUCGCCUGGACGGGGUCCUGAAGGACAUUGAGCGGAGCUGCAUCUUGUGGAAGAAGCGCAGGCCCAACGCGGAUGGCCGGAGGGCCAUGCAGGAUGAUGAGCCUGAAUCCAAGGAUGCGGAUGCCUUCGUGGAGCUGGUGGUCCCUAGGGCCCUGAGUGUCUUGCUGGCGCUGGCGGACAAUGAUCACCACUGCUCGCUUACGGCCCCUGCUUUGAGACACGUGUGGCCCAUGCUUCUAGUGGAAGACUGGCGGUACCAAAUUCUAUCUCUUCUGCAUGAAUGGUCUUCACGGUCGAUCACUGUCAGAUCCAUGGCCGAGUUUGCCAGCAGAUACCCGGAGCACGUGCAGUUGCUCAUCGACAUCGUUGCCUCCGAGCGGAAGGAAGAUGCGCUGCCACCAGGCUUCGAGGACAGUGCCAAGAAGAUGGCCGACAAGCUGGGCCUUGGGGCAGAUCUCGCGGUAGCGGAGGUGCGGAAGGCGCUUUUGAGGAAGAGCCCUGUGGAGUUGGCCAUUUUGGGUCUGGGGAACCUCUGCUCACAGGGCGCCUCCUUGAGCCAUUUCAAGGACCAGAUCUCGGGAUAUGUGGCGCCCAUGGUGGCGGCUCUGCGUCGACAUUUGCGGCCGAUGGACUGGCGCUGCGGCGCGGCCGCAGGGGCACUCUGCAACUUGCUGCGCCUGGGCAAGGCCGCGGCCGAGGAGGUGGAGAAAUGUAGCGAGCUCUUGCUCACAGCUUUGCGAGAAGAAGCCAAGCCGGAAGUCAUGGCUUCUCUGAAGGCGAUGCAGGGAGCAGACUGCGGGGUCCAGUUGGCCACUUCGCGGCUGCUGGGGGCCUUGGUGAACCUCGUGGUGGUGCAGCCGGGGGCUCUCGUAGGUUUGCAGCAGAUGGGGGCGCUGGAGGUCGCUGCUGGCUUGAUUGACCCUGAAGCUUACAGCCCCUCAGCGUCGAGUUCCGCUCCCGAGAGCGAAGCCCUGGUGGUUUCCACGCGCGCCUGCCUGCUGUCCGCAAAGUUGGUGGCCACGUCUCCGGACCUCAGCGCAGAGUUGGAGACGGGCAUCCUCCGACAUGUCCAACAGAUCCUCGAGAAGGUGACAUUCUCCACGGAAAGCCUGGAGACCGUCGACCCGCCAGUGCGGCUCUUGGUGACCCUGGUGACCAAAAUCCCAGGCGCGGUGGACCGGUUCCUGAGCUCGUCCUUCCCGCUGGCCAAGCUCUCAGAGCUGCUGCAAGCCCUGCUGCCAGGCACCCACCUGGCGCCGGAAGACGAGGCCGGCACGGCCUCGCGCUUGCGGGGGAACCUCUCGCUACUCUUCGGAGUGCUCAGCGAGCAGCAGGCAGCUGGAGCCGUGCCGGACUUGGACCUUUCGCCGCAGGUGGCCAUCUUCGUGGAGAUGCUCCGCCGCGAGAGGGGCGCGGCCCAGCACAACCUCGGAGUCUGCGUGACGAAGCUGGCGCAGAACCCCAGGUACCGAGACCAGGUACGAGAGCUGAAUGGUCUCGAGUCCCUUCAUCAGAUUCAGCUGCCGAAAGUCAACGCGCAGAAGGAGAAGGAGCGGAAGAUGCACAGACUGGAGACCUCCGCGGAGGACCGGCGCCGCGAGAUCCUGAGGCGUAGGGCGUGACUUGUGAAGAACCAAAGCCCAAGAGUCGCCCGGGUCCCCUGGCCAGAAACGGCCAUGGGACCAUUUGAGAAGAACAAAAACCCAGCUGCAUGCCGCCGCAAAAUGCGGCGGUGCAAGGAAUUCAGGAAAAGUGGACGCGUAGCCCGGUUUGGAGGGGUGU